CUUUCCCCAAGCACAAAUGGCGCUGGCAUUGGAGGACAGUCUGAUGGUGGCAGACUUGCUGUCCAUCUGCUCGUCCUUGGGUGACAACAUUGUCGAAGACGGCCGCGAAGUCUACGUCAUUGGAGACGAAGCUGCAGAGUGCAUUCAAGAUCUGCUGCGAUGCUUGAGGCGCGAUCUGUCGCGCUCCAUUUUGCGCAAACUGGGCGAGUGGUGCGUGCUGCAAGAACACCUGCUGCCAAUGCUGCUGACUUGUCCCAAGGACAACCCCAAGCUCGCCUUCGUCACAGUCAAGCUCCUGUGCACACUGACACUGCCAAUCAAGCUGGCGUUCGAAGAACUCAAGCCGGAUGAAGACCCAAACAAGGACGUGCUCGCAAAGAUGGAGGUCACUCGCUACCUGCAAGCAGCCAAGCGCAGCUUCCUCCGCGAGGACGUCAUCUACGCUUUGAUUGACUUGCUCAGCGACGCCCUGACAAAGGACCGGUUUGAUCGCACCGAGAACGACAACAACCUGAUGGAAAUCUUGUUUACACUGUUUCGUAACUUGCUUCAUAUUCCGGAUCCCAUGCAAGAGCCACUGCAAGACGCUCUCAUCAAAAUGUUGCAAAACGCUUGCUUCCUCGACAUGGUUGUUUCGUGCAUCAGCACCAACAACGAUACGUAUGCGUCGCUCAACGAGCUGGGAAUUGAGGCGGGGCAGUGGAAUUACUUUCUGUUGGAGAUUGUCUACCUCCUUUUCCGCGAUGUAACAGCCACGUCGUUGGUCAAUGCACAAGAUGAGGUGGAUCGCGGGCUCGACAAGAAUCGAGUCCGCGACAAUUUGAGUCGCGAGAUCGUCGACAGCUUCAAGCAAGAACGACGCGAGCAGCUAAUUCGCCAAGGCGGCAAUAUCGGGCGUGCACGGCACUCCCGCUUUGGCGGAUCGUUUGUUCUGCAACAGUUUGAUGGCUCCAAGCAGUUUUUCAACCGACCCAUUGCCUCGUUGAACCAGUUUAAUGUCGACGAAAAGAAGGUGGACAAGAAGCGUGCCUCGAUCGGUUCUUCCGCGCUCGUGUCGGAAGCCAGCGCAACAGACGCAUUGAAGGCCCUCACUGACGCGAGCUUGGACGUUGUCGAGGACGGCUCGAUUGAUGGAUUUGCAAGCGGAAAGCUCGCAGAUGGCCAGCUCCGCAUCUCUGCUGAGACCCGCGUCGUGCUGUUGCAGUUUGGCCAGGCGUUCCUGGAAUCGUGCUUCCAUCCCAUGCUCGUUGCCGUUGGCAAAGACCUCGAGCGUGGUGACGUGACGCCGUUCUACCAAGAGCACCAGGCCAUGUACCUCUGGACCAUCCGCUUCUUCCUCUGUCUCCACCGCGAAGCCAGCCAGCUUGCCUACAAGCGCUUGGUCAAGCGGUAUGCGGUCGAGCGCAAGGCGUACGAGGCUGCGUCCAAACUCCCCACGGUGCUGGAGACGCGAAUGGCCGAGCCUGAAGCGCCGCCCAAGUUCCUGCUGGACAUGACGGCGGUGGGCGUGGUCGUGACCACUACCAUGAUGAAUCGGCUGAUUCGCGAGCUGCACACAAACCUCGACGAGUUUGAGAACGAUCGAAAGGAGCGAAGCGCCGUCAACGACAUGGCGACCGCCGCUGACGGAACCCUUGCGGGCGGAAAGAAACGCGGCAACAACGCGGCGCUCUGGACGCGUCGCUUGCAGCUGACUCUGCUCGCUCUGCAAGAGUUUUUGCAAUACGUUCAAGUCAUGUCGACCUCUCCCGAUGACUUGCAACGAGGCGUAGCCCGCAGCCUGCACAGCAACCUCUUUUACGAGGAAGAGACGCUGGACACGCUGGUCAAGGUGCUGAAGGAGUACGAUUUCCGUCGCCAGAGCAAGGACUACCUGCGUGUGGUGAUCGAAACGAUGCAUAUUCUGCUCAGGCAACUUGAGCACUACUCAAAGGAGCACUCGUCGAUGGUCGUGUUGUCCAAGCGGAAGACCCGUCGUCGCAAGAAAACCAUGAGCACCAUGGACACUACGCUUACGCCCAAGAAAGGCCGGCAAGAUCACAAUUCCGCAGAGGCCUCUGAGGAUGAAACGGAGGAGGCAUCGGCCCAGCACGGCGAGCAAAGUGAAGAAACGCCCAAACCACCAGCGUCCGCAACAGCAGAGCAGGCCGGUAGCAACGCCGCGCAAGCCAGCACCACACCAGUGAAAAAACCAGUGCGCGCGCGUCGUGUGAUUGAUGAUGAUGAUGAUGAUGAUGAUGGCGACGACAACGACGAACCCGACGGGGCAGCAGCGUCCAGCACAAUGGCUUCACGAGCGCCAGAGCAACUGCCAGAGACCACGGCGCCCAUGGAGACUACAGAGCAGCAGUCGGCGGACGCCGCAGCUGUUGUGGGAUUUGCAUUUGACGCAGCGCCUCAAGAGGACGAGGAAUCUCUGGAGCAAGGUCAACCGCAAACUACCAGCACUCCUCCUGGUGAAAACCACGAGGACGUUGCUGCUCGCCAACCUCAAGCAGAUCAAGCUGGCCAACAGACGAGCAAGCUCUCCAAGGGCAAGCGCAGCCGGGUUGUCGAGGAUGAGGACGAAGAGGACAAGGACGAAGACGAGGAAGAAGCGAAUGCUGAAAAUCGCCCGUCGAAGCUGGUCGACGAAGAGGGUCUUGAAGAAGAGCUUGAAGACGACGAUCGCGACGAGGCUGGCAUCCGACACGUCGAGCGCGAGUUUAGCUUUUCCAAGUUCGAGUCACGCUUUGCGCGUCCGGACGUGGUGACUCACUUGUGCCGCUUGAUGCGCGACUUUAAGUCAAACACCCCCUUCACCAAUCACUGCAUUGUCAAGCUGUGCCAUCGAAUCGCCGUCCAUUGCGAUCAAGUCGAGCUCUUUUUCCACGUUUCCGCGCUGACCAUCUUCAACACAGUCCUGCAAGACCCAGACAUGCAGUCCAGUCGUGGGAAGGCCAACAGCAGCAGCAGCAGCAGUAGCAAGAAGGACGACAGCAAGAGUCAACCCAAACUCCGCGAGGACAUUCAGCAAAUCAAAGGGUUUGCCACAUUCAUUGCGGGCAAGUUUUUCGAAGCGCUGGGCGACCAUCCGUUCCUGUGUCUCGAAGCGCUGUUCUGGCACUCGAUUCGCAUGCCAGUGCACAAGAAUGAGGCCUUCACUGUUCGCGGGCGGCACAUCGAUCGCAGCGAGUACCACGAGGAACAUGCUGUUGACAUUGUUGACGAGGAUGCCGCAAUGGACACGUCCUGGUCGCUCACAGACGAACUUGCCCAGCUGCGCGAACGAGAGAGGCAGGCGGCUGAGCUGGCUCGUGCACGGGCCGCCGAGUUGCGAGCGCCAGUUCGCAAUCCGACGUCCACCUCCAGCACCAACAAGGCAUCCGCCACAGUCACCCCAGCCUCCAAGUCUUCUGCGGCCGCAACAACUCCUGGCAAGUCGAAGGCUGCCACACCCGAGACGAGUCGAAAGGCAUCCGCUUCGACAACCAAGCAGCAGCAGCAGUCAAAAUCCAAACGGGCAGCUGGCUCUGAUUCCGAUAGCGAUGAGAACGAAGAAUCUGGAGAUGACGACGACGAGGAUGAUGAUGAUGAUGAUGAUGACAUGGCAGCCAAGCAAAAGAAGCGUCGGCAGCAAAGCCGACGCGACCGAAUUCAGCAGCGGUCGCAGCGAAGAGAGCGGCAACGCGCCAUGCAACCCGACGACGACGACGAUGAUGACAAUGAUCGCCGUCCAGCAGCCACAGCGCUAGAAGUCAUUGAACAUCGGAUCUCGGCAGCGCCUGGCCGACGCCGAGCUCUUGUCAUGUCGGACGACGAAGAGAAUAGCGAUGGCGAAGCACCAACCCCAGUUGCAACACUGGCGGCUCGGGCCAGCAACCCUGCCACACCAGCUCGCCGGCGCCGUCGCGCUCUGAGCGACGAUGACGAAGACGACGAGAAUGAAAGCGACAAUCGGCACCAGCAACGAGAGGAAGAAAGCCCCACCAAACGCCAGCGGCUCGCCGGCGAUCCUGACGAGUCUGAAGAAGCGGCACAGCCUAGCAACAGCUUUAGGUUGAGCGCAGCGAGUUUGGAGGCCGAUGAUACGGCGUGGAAUGACAACAGUCGUCGAAUUUUCCCGACCGAGUCUUUGAGUAAUCCGACGACCGACUCUGCAUUUGCAGCGCCCGAAACGUACGCCGAUGUGGACCAAACGCCGUCAUUUGCCGCUGAACCAGCGGCAGUGUCCGAGCCUCAGACCUACGUAGAUAAUGGGCAGACUCCCGCCUUCGCCUACUAGUGACUGUGCUUGUGACAUGUCUUCAGCCUGAAUUUGUUAUCUUGAAAAUACAUUGUUUCGCAUGAGAGACAAAGUUUCAAC